AUGCAAGGUGAACGUACACAAUUACGUAUUGAAUGCGAAAAGCUAAAUGCAGAAAAAAAUGAAGUACAAAGACAAUAUUGUCUUUACUAUGAAAUGGCGUAUCGGUUAUCAUACGAAAUGCAUAAACAAACAGAAAUUAGUAAACGUUUGGUUGCAUUACUACAUCAAAUCAUUCCUUAUUUAACACCUGAACAACAAUCGCAUGCGCUACCUGCAUUAGAACGAGCAAAACAAGUCACAAUGAAUGAUCUGAAUAGUGUCAUUCAACAACAAUUUAAUGCACAAGCAACAGCAUUGGCACUUGCUGCUGCAUCCAAUCCUUCAGCACCUGGUGCCGGUAUGCCUCCGAUACCUGGCGGUGUACCUGGUCUUGGUUCAGCACCUCAUCUUCAAUUACCCGGUCCACCAGGUCUUCCAGGUGCCUCCGCUGCUCUUCCACCCGGAAUGUUAAAUUACACUUCAGUAUUGAGCAGUUUAGCNGUCAUUCAACAACAAUUUAAUGCACAAGCAACAGCAUUGGCACUUGCUGCUGCAUCCAAUCCUUCAGCACCUGGUGCCGGUAUGCCUCCGAUACCUGGCGGUGUACCUGGUCUUGGUUCAGCACCUCAUCUUCAAUUACCCGGUCCACCAGGUCUUCCAGGUGCCUCCGCUGCUCUUCCACCCGGAAUGUUAAAUUACACUUCAGUAUUGAGCAGUUUAGCUUCACAAUAUGCACCAGGUAUCAAAGAAGAAGGUGGCAGUGGCGGCUUAUCAGGAUCCAAGGAAAAUGCGUCCUCACCACGUGCAAAUAAUAAUGAUCUACUAGGUACUAAAAAUAGUAGUAGCCGUUCAUCAACUAAUGGCAAGUCAUCCAAACAUCAUCGACCACCAAGUACAAGUAGCAAUGCAUCAAAGCCGCCGAAGCAAUCAGCAGCUGAGAGUGAUGGUGAACGUAGCGAAUCAGAUUUAGUUAUUGAUACGAGUGUGGGUGGAAAUCAAAAGCAUACGAACGGAAGUAAUAAUCUUGGCAGCGGCCUUCUUCUACCUAAUGGUAUCAAGUCAGAACAUCCAGAAAAUCUCAGUAGUUCAGGAAAUGGUAAUGAUAAUGUACCAUCAACGCCACCUGUAUCAGCAUCCAAUGGAGGUGGUGGAAAUUCAUCAAGAAGUCGACGUGAUCGAAGCCCCAUGUCCGAUAAAGAUGGUUCACAACGUGGUAGUUCAUCGUCAGCAAUCAAGAAAGAACGUAAUACUCCACAACCAAAUAAAGCUAUUACUCCGAUUACAGGUGGCUCGUCGAAUGUUGGUACACCACAAAUGCCACCAGGUGCGCCAUUAGGUCUGCCACCAGGACUUGGUGGUGGACGUUUACCGCCCAACGCUCCAUUUGGUUUUAAUCCAGGCCCAUUCUCUUCACCUGAAGCAUUGGCAGCUGCUGCUGCUUUCGGUGCACUUGGUCCGCAUCAUGCUAAUGCAUUAAACCCAUUUGGUCCAUUCGGUCAUCCAUUUGCUCCCGCUGAAGUAGCUCAAGCAAUGGCUAUGGCAGCUCAGCAUCAACAUGCUCAACAAAUGGCCCAAGCACAAGCAGCAGCUGCUGCUGCAGCUCAGGCCGCCGCUGUUGCUCAGGCCGCCGCUCAACGUCAACAUCACCAACAACAACAGCAGCAGCAACAACAACAACAACAACAUCAACAACAACAGCAGCAUCAGCAUGGAGGAAGCAAUCAUCAUCAUAAUCAAUUAUUAAAUCAAACAUAUUCCUAUUUUACCACGACUGAUUCUCAAGGUAAACCAGUAGUAACACCUGUAAAUAUGACUCCUGAAGCACUCACUGGCCCAAAUAUACCAACAUCUGCACGUGAGCUUGCCACACUGAUGCAUGGCGAAGUCGUCUGUGCAGUUACAAUCAGUGAGGCCUCAAAACGUGUAUAUACGGGUGGAAAAGGUUGUGUCAAGGUAUGGGACUUAAAACAAACGGGCACCAUUCGAACUCCUCUAUCUUAUUUUAAAUGUUUGAAUGAUGAUAGUUACAUACGUUUUUGUAAACUACUUUCUGAUGAUCGCACAUUAAUUGUUGGUGGUGAAGCCAAUGUCAUCUCUAUAUGCGAUCUAUCUGCUGUUACGGGUGGCUCAGCAAGUAAUACACGUUCCUCCACACCAAAUUCCAAUGCUUCAUCGCCAGCGCCCUCAAGUCAUCCACCUUCAUCAACUUCACCAAGAAUUAAAGGUGAAUUAAAACUAGGUGCACCGGCUUGUUAUGCAUUAGCACUUGGCCCGCCCGAUUCCAAACUGUGCUAUUGCUGUUGUUCGGAUGGUUCAGUUGCCAUUUAUGAUAUUCACAAUCAAUCUUUAGUCAAAACAUUUAAUGGGCAUACUGACGGAACAUCAUGUAUUGAUAUUGCACCUGAUGGUCGGACAAUGUGGACAGGUGGUUUAGAUAAUACUGUCCGUUGUUGGGAUCUCCGAAAUGAUUAUACUCCUUUACAAACAUAUGAAUUUGAUUCACAAAUCUUUACAUUGGGUUAUUGUCCAACAGGUGAAUGGUUAGCUGUUGGAAUGGAAUCUUCGACAGUUGAAUUGAUCAAUAUCUCGUCAGCUAUUAGUAAUUCUUCAAGUCCAUCGAUGAAGAAAUCUCAUGAUAAAUAUACUCUAAGUUUACACGAAAGUUGUGUUUUAGCACUUAAAUUUGCCCAUCAAGGUAAAUGGUUCAUCUCAGCGGGUAAAGACAAUUACAUUCAUUGCUGUCGAACACCAACUGGCCUUCUUCUCUUUCAAUCAAAAGAAUCGUCAAGUGUACUUUGUUGCGAUAUAUCAGCAGACGAUCGAUAUAUUUUAACAGGCUCAGGCGACAAAAAAGCCACUCUUUACGAAGUCACAUACUAA